GUUGAAUCCAGCCUUGCGUCUGCGUGUUUUUUCUCAUCAAACGCCAGUAGCGCCUUCAAUUUUGCAAAAAAACCGGCCUCUCUACAGAUGGAGGACAUUCGCAACCGGCACCUCAAAACACCCCCCGUUUGAAGACAGAGGCACCGACAUACGCACUAGAAGUGUAACUGGGAGUAGCCGGCAACUAAGCAGGCGACAUUUGUGGCCAUUUUAAAGUUUUCUUUUGCACUGGGCUGGAAAAGCCCCUUUUGACCUGGUUAAUUUACCAUAGUCUUUCGAGAAAGGACGGCAAUUCUCAAAAGUGUCCGACAGCACUCAUCGAGUUGUCUUGUGGCGGUUGCGUCACGGCACUCCGCUUGUGUGAUUGGCCGUGUCUUGCACUCGCGUAUAAGCGACGGUUCGUUGCAUUUUUCAUGUGAGGAACCGCGAUUGAGUGCCUGCACAGUCGUUACUCCGUUCGUCUUUCUCUCGCCUACGCUUCUCCUCGAAAAUCUGCUCUGGAUAACUGCGCUUCUCUCCCCGUGUCUGGGCCAGAAAAUGGCAACGGCACUCUCGUCCGAGACCUUGCCGGUGGAUCCGCUGGCAGGGUCCUCCUCGCCAAAAGCCAAAGUUUCCACCGUUGCUUCACCAAGAGCAUCACCUCAGGAAACGAAAAGUAUAACGCUUGGUUCGUCUGUGGCCAUUUCACUCCCUGGAGUGGACGGUGAGGAAGACGAUCUCCUGAGGGGCAUAGGAGAAACAGCGACAACCGUCUUCAAGGACAUGAGUUCCUGGGUAUCAGGUCACUUGCGCGAAGCCAUCGUCCCCGCGGUUCGCUCCUUUUCUGUAGUUCAGAAGUUCGACGCUUUGCUCUUUCCUCCAUUUGAGACCGGGAAUGCUUCCGCAACAGUGGCUGGCCACCAACACGUGUCGAAUCCUCAUUCGCGGAGUUCGUUUCCAGUCAAAUAUGACGACUCUACUGCGGAUAUGCCAGUUUUUCAAGGAGAAUUGGCGUGUCUGACUCCUCGCCGUCUUGCCGCAAGCGGGUCGUGCCUCGCCAGCGACAGCAUGCGAUUCAACAACGCUACGAGGGUUUCGUCGUGUAUUGCCGUGGCACUGAACACGGAUCGUACUUCUCAACAAAGACGCCUUCAUGGAGAAAGCAGCCUACCCAGUGUGCCUCGUCUUGGAUCUACUAGUGUAAAAUCGUCUUCGUUUAUAAAUUCCCGCAAGGAUAUAGCGCCACACCGGUCUCCGCCAGGCGGCUUCGACACUCCCCGUAGUCUCGUUGGCGUCGAUACCGGAGGCAGUGGCGAAUGGUCGUUCAAACUGGACGGUCUUUUCUCGAGUUUUAUUUCUUUCUUUGAUGGCGACGACGGGGAUAUCCACCCCCGUUCUCCACGUAGCUUUCCCGGGCAGCCUCCAUCGUACGACUGCUUCGCGAUGUCCCAUCGACCAUCUAACAGUAAUGCCUUCUACUCUCAUGAUCCUAACCUAGAAGCUUCCACCGGACGCAACCAGUCGUUCUCGUCCGUAUCUAGAGGCGAGAUGACAGUUCGAACUGGGAAAACACAUAGACCAUAUCAGACUCCCUCGCAGACGGCAUUUCCCGUACCAGGGAUUGCAAAACGAAUGGGUGCUUCCGAUGGCAUCUUCGGAAACGGUGGAUUUCAAGCGCGGAAACACUCUUCUGUCCUAUCGUCGAACACUAUAUGCACCACCGCUGACACAAGAACAGCCAGCAACCCGGAAAGCCCCGUCAUCUCUCCAAGAAACCUUGAGGAACCUGCUGAUGGCACUGUCAAGCCCCAAACAUGGCUCGAGUCCUCAGCUUCUCGCACGUUAUCCUGCGUGACACGUUCUCACAUUGAGCUUUCGCUGCAAGUUCUCCACAACGUCGGAAAGGUUGUCUGCAGCACUGUCGUUUCCGGUCAGGCAAGGCUUCGGUGUCCUGGCUUUAACAUGCUACAUUUGCGCAUUCCACUCUAUGAUCCUUACAACCAAGUAAUUUCGGUGGCUUUUUCCGUCCGGAUGAGUCACUCGCACGUCAAGGUUCUUCAGAUGCUUGAUCGCGACCAGCACUCUCGAGAUCCUCUGUCUGUCGACAAUGAUCAUGCAUUUGGAAGAGACGCCGAUACGGACGGCCGGCGACUGAGUCUUUUGAAACAACUUGACUGGCAUCGUCGCACCGAUGAAGACCGGAAAAAAGACACAUGUGUCAUGCAUUUUCGCGUCGACAUUCCGAUUUCAGAAGUGAAGGGAGAAGGCUCACCUGCAUGGACCUGCUUGACAGGCGAUCGCCCCAUCGCAGGCGUGACUACAAAUGAGCUUUUUUCUAGGUUGAUAAAUGGAGCAGAAAGCAAUGUCUUUCAGCCUCGCCUUCAAUUUUCUCUGAGAAAAGUGAUGACUGGCAUCCUUUCCAUUCCGGCUGAACCCAAUGGCACUCCUGAGCAACACGUGUACGUGGGGCAGUUCGACGAUCUAAUCGACAUUUCAGUCGCCAACGCAUUGACCGGACAAAGUCAUCUCCUCGCCCAGAAAAAAAACAUUACACGCCUUUCGCAAGGGAAGUACAACAUCGACGGCUACGAUUGCACCAUCUUCCUGCAACCGUCACGCCUCUCGGGUUUCCCAUCGGACCGCGCGGGCUUGGAGACCACGAGGGACGACGAGACAGAUGAGACAGAUAGUCUUUCGCAGACAAAACACCCUAUCGUCGUCGAAGGCGGCGCUCAACAGCCUCUUUUGGAUUACCUCAGAGGGUCACUUGAUAACAUCGUUUGGGAAGGGCAAAAUGCCCUGUCUGCCAUUGAAAUGGUUGAUCCUCAGUUGCUGCCAACUUUCCAUGGUACACCGAUUCCAUGGGAAGCGAAAGUUGACAGACGAGUCGCAAUGGCUCUGGCAUGUCAUCGGGCGGCGGUGCGGGAACAGGUGGCCACGGAACUCUUGCAGCUUCAAGGCAAAAAGUCGCCACCGCUUAUCUAUGCGAGGCACCUGCAGCCAGUUUUGGUGAGGCUUGCUGCCGACACCGCACCGGUUCGCGUGACUUACACCUGGGGAGAUGAAUAUUCCGACAUCCAGCUGGUCGUCAUCGAAGAAGAGUUUGGGCCACCCACGAAAACAGGUGAUUCUCUUUCCGUGGCGACGACACAAGAAGACGUUACUUCCGUCAACUGAACUGCGUCGAGGGGUAUGUCCCACCGUGCAGUGGCUCUUGUUGGCUUUCGGAUAAAAUCGAAAGAAACAGGAAGCUGAGUCAGUCGAAUUGUGAUUUUCUUUGUAAGUUGGCUAAUGGUAGUUAAUUUGCCGCGUACUACAACGCGACUGGUUUUGGAUUGCCACGCUAACAACUGUUAGUGCCCGCCGGCAAGCAGAAUUGAAACUCUUCUCUUGACUCAGGGCUCUCUUGUUGUAAAAGCACAUUGGUUCAUGAUGAACUGCCGUAAAUCUUAAAGCUGCCUAAAGGUGAUGAUCCUUCACAGAAAACAGUUGUGCCCCUAA